AUGGAGUCUAGCCGUGAUGACAGUUCAAGUGAUGAACGGGAAAUUUCGAUGAACAACAAUCAGGAUAAGAAGUACCAUCGCCACUCAAAUGCUCAGAUUGAAAGGCUUGAAGCGUAUUUCAAGGAAUGUCCUCAUCCAGAUGAUUCGCAGAGACAAAAUUUGAGUGAAGAACUGAAUCUGAAACCGAAACAAAUUAAGUUUUGGUUUCAGAACAAAAGAACACAAACCAAAGCCCAGAAUGAAAAGGCAGACAACACAGUGCUUAAAGCAGCGAACAUGAGAAUCAGGCUUGAGAACGAAGCAAUGCGAAACGCUCUUGAGACUGUGAAUUGUCCUCCAUGUGGUGGCCCUCCUCUUGGGAAAGAAGAGCGUGAACUCAGUCUCCAAAAGCUGCGUUCGGAAAACGCAAAUCUCAAAGAACAUUAUGAAAAGCUCAAAAGUUUCGUGAACCAGCAGCAGGGAGGCCACUCAAUCCCUAGCGUCGAUACCUUACCCUUCAUCCAUGGUCCAUCAUCCUACGCAUCGACCUCCACUAAUAAUUUCCAUGUGUCGCAUGGUUCCUCCUCCCAAAAUCCCCUCGAGCCACCAAGCAUGUUAAGUGGACCAUACACUCGUGACAACACCAACAUCAUCCGAGUGCCUCAGCCUCCUCAGCCGCAACGACUACCGAUGCAAAUUCAGCAUUUCCAACCGCUGUCUCAAGUGGAGAAAAUAAUGAUGUCUGAAAGGGCAUUAAACGCCGUGUCAGAGGUUAGGAGACUGGUUCAAACUGAAGAACCAAUGUGGACUAAGUCGUCUAUCGAUGGUAGACUCGUCAUUGAUCAAGAGAACUAUGAGAAGCUGUUUAAAAAGAACCAUCUUAAGAGCCCAAAUGCUCGUCCUGAGUCUUCUAAGGAUGUCGUAGUGGUUCCAAUGGAUCCAAGAACCUUGAUCGACGUGUUCUUUCAUACGGAGAAAUGGGCGAGGGUUUUCCCAACAAUUGUCAACGAAGCUAAAACGAUUCACGUGCUGGAUCCCAUGAACCAUGAAGGACAAAACUUUUUGACAUUGGUGUAUGAGCAACUGCACAUAUUGUCGCCAUUGGUGCCACCAAGAGAGUUCAUGGUCCUAAGAUGUUGUCAACAAAUGGAAGAAAAUCUCUGGGUGAUUGCUGACGUGUCGCAUAAUCUUCCAAACGUUGACUUUGAGUUUGCAAGUCCGAUUUGCUUCAAACGUCCCUCUGGUUGUGUCAUCCAAGCCUUGCCCAAUGGUCACUCUAAGGUGACUUGGGUGGAGCACGUGGAAAUAGAUGAUCAUAAAAUGAAGCCACAUCGGCUUUACAAAGACCUCGUAUGCGGCGGCUCCGGCUACGGAGCUCGCCGUUGGACAGUUACUCUUGCGAGAAUGUGUGAGAGGCUGUCUCUCUCCUCCAUCUCUGCCUUCCCCACCACCGACUACGGCGGAGUUGUGAAAACAACAGAAGCAAGAAAGAGUGUGAUGAACUUAGGAGAACGAAUGAUGAGAAACUUUGCCUGGACUCUGAAAAUGUCUCAGAAGUUAGAUUUCUCGCAACUGUCUGAAACCAACAACAGCGGAGUUAGGCUUUCGGUGCGAAUGAACACGGGACCUGGUCAACCACCUGGUCUCAUUGUGUGUGCUGGUUCAUCAUUAUGUCUCCCUCUGCCUCCUCUCCAAGUCUACAAUUUCCUUCAGAAUAUCGAGAUUCGUCACCAGUGGGACGUUCUCUGCCAUGGUAUUCCUGCUGCUGAGCAAGCUCGCUUUGUCACUGGAACAGACCCUAAGAAUUGUGUGACUAUCCUCCGGCCUACUAGUGCAACGACGCCCAGUGAGAUGAUGAUAAUACAAGAUGCCUACAUAGAUGCAUUAGGAGGUAUGGUGGUCUACGCUCCAAUGGACCUAAACACUGCGUACAACGCCGUUUCAGGCCAAGUCGAUCCUGCUCAUAUCACAAUCCUCCCUUCCGGAUUCGUUAUCUCCCGCGACGGCCGUCCCACCCCCACCGCCCAACUCGAAGGUGGCCCCGACUAUAGCACCACACUCGUCACGGUGGCUUUCCAGAUCCUUGUCGCCGGUGGUCCGAACUACGGUGAAGAUAUCAACAUGGAUGAAUCUACGACCGCUGUCAAUACCUUGGUUAGCUCCACCGUUCAAAGGAUCAAAGCCAUGCUUAAUUGUGAGUGA